CCCCCACACGCCUCGUUCGUGCCAGCAAAUCCCCAAACACGCUAGCACCUCGCACGCGUGACAAUCCGCGAGCGUGAGCGCCCCCUCCUCGCAUGCUCGCACGCUUCUCCUUCCCCAUCCCUCUCCCGCCCGACCCGACCCGACCCGACCCGCCCGUCCCCGACCCCCUCCCUCCGGUCUUCCUCUUCGGAUUCCCGGCCUACUCCUCAAGAGACGACGCCGUACUAUUUGUUUCCGGCCGCCGGAAAAUUCGGGCACGGAUUCCCGGUGAAGCAGCUAGGGCUUCUGAAAGGGGGAAGAGAAGAUGGAUCGGGUAGAAAAUGGGACUGGGAGCUCCGAGUGAGGGACGAUGAGGUGGAAUUCGAGGAGAAAAUGGAGAAUUCCGGCCAGGGUGGAGUCAAAUUGCUAGAAUUCGGCCGUCCCAGCUGGUUUUAGAAGGUAAUUCAGUUCACUACAUGGAAAUGUUUUACUUUUUGGUCAUGUUUGGCUUCUGAGAAAAUUUAAAAGCUUUCUCGUUUGUGACUGGUGUGGAAAGUAAUAGAGAAUAAGCGCCUUGUUUGGCUGCUGAGAAAAUUUGAGCAGAAGUCAACCUCAAUAGAGCCAAAUAGGUGUAAACAGUCAAUUUAGUAGGUUCUGCGUCUCUGUAAUUUUGAACUGUCGUUUCAGAGUUUCGAUUUUUAAAAGAAAAUUGAGCAGGACCGUUUCUGCAUUGUUGAGAAAAAUCUAAUCCUUCAAGUGGUUAUGUGGGAAAUUAAGCAGUGAUGGUUUCUACAUUCAUGACAGAAGGAUCAAGAAGCUAAGAUAAUCAGGGGGUUUAAAGCGUAGGAUAAACGAAUAAGGAGAUUAUGGAAAAGGGUCUUCAGAAAUUAAUCACAAGUGAAGAAGAUGAUGACGAAGAAAUGGAGAUGGACGUGAAAGAAGAGGACGAUGACGAUGAUGAAGAUGGAGAGAAGGAUGUUGAUACCUCCCAAAUGAUGGCAGGGGUUGAUGGAGAAAUGCCAACAAUAAGUAAUAAUAAUAACCGUUUGCAACAGCACCAUCAAUUUCAAGAACAAGUGGGGACUGCCGGAGGGGGAGGAGCUAGGAGGUGUAGACCCAUGGAAGAGAAGGAGAGAACCAAGUUAAGAGAACGGCAGCGCAGGGCAAUCACGGCGAGGAUCUUAGCAGGGCUACGGAGGCAUGGAAAUUAUAAUCUUAGAGUUAGGGCUGAUAUCAAUGAUGUAGUUGCAGCUUUGGCUAGGGAAGCUGGCUGGGUUGUUCUUCCAGAUGGAACAACAUUUCCUUCAAAAUCUCAGGGCCCAAGGCUGGCUGGUGUCAAUUCUGCGGCAGUGACUUCAUCAUCAUCCCAAAUAGUAUCCCCACGUACUCCUGCUUGCCUUAAAGGAGUUACUUCUGGCUAUCAGAGCCCUGGGGAGCUUAAUGCUUCCAACACCAAAGGUGUUUAUUUGCCUAGUUUAUCGCCUUAUGAUCUCCCCUCAAGUGCUCGGUCCCAAGGUUCAUCCAUUGUUGGAGAUGGAGCAGGUCAAACAGAGAGUCAUCCUCUUAUUGGUGGCUCCAUGGAUAAUGUUGGCAACAAACAGAUUGUUGACAUACCCCUGAAGUUACAAGAACGUGAUUUCUCCAGCACUGCGUACAUUCCAGUUUAUGUAAUGCUACCACUAGGUGUUAUUAACAUGAAGUGUGAGCUGGUUGAUCCAGAUGGUCUACUAAAGCAGCUAAGGGUAUUGAAAUCAGUUAGUGUAGAUGGCAUUAUGGUUGAUUGCUGGUGGGGAAUAGUAGAGGGACAUGCUCCACAGGAGUAUAAUUGGAAUGGAUACAAGAGGCUCUUUUGGAUGGUGUGCGAGCUUAAGCUGAAGCUACAGGUUGUGAUGUCAUUUCAUGAAUGUGGAGACAAUGUUGGUGAUGAUGUAUGUAUUCCACUGCCUCAUUGUAGAGGCAACCCUGACAUAUUUUUCACCGAUAGAGAGGGAAGACAUAAUCCUGAAUGCCUUUCAUGGGGAAUUGACAAGAAACGAGUUUUAAGAGGCCGGACGGCUGUUGAGGUAUACUUUGACUACAUGAGAAGCUUCUGUGUAGAGUUUGACGAGUACUUUAAAAAUGGUAACAUCUCCAUGAUUCAAGUUGGACUAGGUCCGUGUGGGGAAUUGCGAUACCCAUCUUGUCCUGUAAAGCAUGGUUGGCGGUAUCCCGGUGUCGGUGAUUUUCAGUGUUACGAUCAGUAUUUGAUGAAAAGUUUGAGGAAGGCAACAGAAGCAAGGGGACACUCCUUCUGGGGUAGAGGUCCAGAUAAUGCAGGUUCUUAUAAUUCCGGGCCAAAUGAAACCGGUUUCUUUUCCGAUGGCGGUGAUUAUGAUGGCUACUAUGGCAGGUUCUUCCUUAAUUGGUACUCUCGAGUUUUAGUUGAUCAUGGUGAUCGGGUGCUUUCUCUAGCAAAGUUAGCUUUCGACGGAACCUGCAUUGCUGCAAAGCUAUCAGGUCUUCACUGGUGGUACAAGACGGCCAGUCAUGCGGCUGAGUUGACUGCGGGCUUCUAUAAUCCAUGCAACCGUGAUGGUUAUUCUCCAAUUGCGACGAUGCUAAAGAAGCAUGAAGCUACUUUAAGCUUAGCAUGUACUGAAUUGCACAUGUUAGACCAGCAUGAAGAUUUCCAAGAGGCACUGGGAGAUUCCGAGGGUUUAUUUUGGCAAGUGCUGAAUGCUGCGUGGGAUGUUUGCUUACCAGUUUCUAGUGAGAACGCUCUUGCUUGUCAUGAUCGUAUCAGCUACAACAAGAUAUUGGAUAAUGCUAAGCCCUUGACCGAUCCAGAUGGAAGGCAUUUGUCAUCUUUUACCUACCUUAGGCUCAGUCCACUUCUAAUGGAAAGAGACAACUUCAUGGAAUUUGAACGAUUCGUUAAGAGAAUGCACGGGGAAGCUGUUGUUGACCAAGUAUAUAGCACAGUAGAAUGAAGUAUCCCCAGAUGGUGCUUUAUUAAUUCCUCUUGAAGGAACAGGUUUGUCCAGUUUAGUGUAUUAUCUUCUUUUCUUAGAGGCAAAAGGAAAAUUUACUAGUCGAUAGGACAGUGGCUAACGACAAGAUUCAACUAUUUUGUACUCGAACAGCGAUCGCGAUUGAUAUGUAAAAGUAAUUUAAAUGUAAAAUCCUCAUAGCUUUUAGAAAACAUUGCUUGCAGAAA